GCAUUGUUACAUUUUAUAACAUGUUGUGUAUAAGAAAAAUCUGUAAACCAUUUUCAGCUUAAUAAAUAUACACCCUAUUUUUGAAUGGUUAUUUUUAUCACAGUAAAAAAUAGUAAUCGUAUGUAAAGACAUUUAGUAUUAAUAACCUUGGAAUAUAAAGUUGGAUAUUUCGACAUCAGAAAAUAUAUUGGAAAUAAACGUAUUCUAUAUAAAAAAUCGUAAGGUUAAGCUUCCAAGGAAGAGAUACAGUCGAAUCAUUAAAAAAUUGAAAUAUGCUUUUUCAGAUUGAAACUUUAUAACAAUGAUGGUUGUACAGUCACCAGUAUUGGGCACUUUUAUAUUUUUAUUUGCUGUCAUAGCCGCGACACUCAACAUAUUAACUUUAUUUUUAUUCAUCAAACUCAAAGAAUACCAACAUGUCUCCUGUUAUGCAACCAUAAAUAUUGUAAUAGUCAACAUAUUACAAGCUUUAAUAACUAUCCCAUCCUUUGGUGCAUUGCAAUUCGACAUAAGCAACAAAGCCAACGCUGUGAUAUGUGAUAUUUUCUCCUUCACCUACUUUGUCUUCAUGCAUUCAGUUAUAUUCAGCUUAUUACUGACAACAUUCGAGCAUGUAGUGAGCAUUGCAAAACCUUUAAAUUAUCGCUACAUUAUGAGAUCAGAAUACAUCCUAAAAUAUAUAUUUGCUUCAUGGGUAUUUAUUAUUUUAUUCGACGUUAUCCCAUUUUUUAAUCAGACAGAUUACUUGAGGUGUCACUAUAUACCGAGAAAACAAUGGAGCGAUACAGCACAUAUUGCUAUGAGCUCCAUACCCAUGCUAGUUAUUGUAUUUUGCUGGAUCUAUAUUAUACAAGUAUCUUUAAAACAACAUCGCAAAUUGUAUCCAGAGUCAGUGAAACGCAAUGCAGCUUAUAUAAAGGAAAAGACUACAAAAUCAACAAUACUGAUUGUGUCAGUUUAUCUACUUUGCUAUGGAACAGACUCUUUGUAUAACAUGAUGUAUAUACUAUGCUAUACUUCUUGUUUUCCGUCAGAUUUUAAAGAGUCACACACUGAUUCAAGCAUACGUUUUGCAAGUAAAGUGUUAAUACUUUUCUUUUCAUUGGUCACACCAAUAAUUUUUUGUUGCAGAAAGGAACUGUUUCGAGAAUAUACAAAAAACUUGAAAGGGAAGAUCAAAAGAGUUGAAUUUUCAUCUGUUUUUAAGUUCACUGAAGAUGUCAAUGCAGCGAGCACUAACGUUUAGUGUUUUCUAAUCCAAACACUUUUAUAAAGUAAAGUCACAUGAUAGAACAAUAAAUAAAAAAUUUAAAAGAGAAAUAAAUAAAUUAAAACAGAAAAUGUUAACAUAUUAAAUACGUUUUUUUGGAAGAAACCUAAGCAGUCAGUUGAGCCUAGAGCUUUUUUAACAUUUCAAUAAUUUGAGUCUCAUGUUUUUUAAUUUUCCUUAUUUGACCCAAAAAAUCCCUUUUGUUUACAAGGCUCUUUUGGAAUAUAGUUUUGAAAUAUGUGAAGGAUAUUUGUUAUGUACAUAUUCAUUCUGUUAUAUGUACAAGUUUCUUAAUUAGAGUUUUCUUAGCCUAGUAAAGUUUCUUAAAUGUUGGCAUUUCUUAGCCUACUGGUUUCUUAUAAAAAACGUGCAAGUGUUAUAUCAACAGAACAAAAAUAGCAAAAAAUAAAAGUUAAGGAU